AGCGGUAUAUUUGGAAUAUCUCCCACCCUGCGAUACUAAAGUGGUACAGUCGGAUCAAUCACUACGUCACCCAUUGUUUACAAACCCAGCAGCAGGGCCGGUGGAAGCCGGGCGGUGGUGCAUCACACGGUGGCUGUGCUUGCUGUCAGCAUGCCGUGCCGUAAGGAGAGCUUCCUGCUGCUGGAGCAGUCGGUGACCGUAGGCUCCAAGGAGGUGGACUCCCUGGUGGCCCGUAUCGGGGAAGCUCUGCAGCUGAAUGCCCACAGAGCCCCGAACUCCUGCAGCAUGGCGUACGGAGGGGCUCUGAAACCAGCCGCCGUCCCACGGCCUACAGCCAUGUGCUCGUGUGUGAGGGGAAGGACUACGCCGUACCCGGUGUGCACUCCCAGAGCGGCUGGACGAUGCCGCCACCAGCCGGCUGGGGCCAGGCACUGUCCGGGGAGCAGCAAGCAGCUGUGCGGCCGGGGAUGGAUGCGGAGGAAACACGAGGAGGACGAGGACCCCCAUCAGCUGCUGCAGGAGCUCCUUCUGUCUGGAAACCUCAUCAAAGAGGCGGUCAGGAGAUUACACCUAGCCGGGGAGGCGGACAGCACAACAGGGGAGUCGGUGCAUUGUAGUGUAACCGAGCCCACUGAGACCACCGUGCAAUGA